AAAAGAUAUUAAAUUGUACGAUACAAUUUUUUGUCUUAUUAUCUUAAUAAGUUAUAAUAGGUGUUGGGUUGGGCGCAUUUAUUGUCUCGUUAUAAUAUUGUUAGGAAGGGAUAGGGAUCUUGAUCACUUCGGCGCUCGGAUCAAAACAUGGCGGACAUCAAGGUCGUCGGAGUAGUGGGCAGCGGCCAAAUGGGCUCUGGAAUCGCUCAACUCGCCGCCGUUGAUGGCCUACGCGUCUGGCUCUUCGAUACAGAUCCAAUUGCUCUCUCCAGGGCGACUAACUCCAUCUCUAACUCCGUUCACCGUUUAAUAGCCAAGGGUCACCUAACUCAGGUUGAAAAUGGGGAAGUCUUGCAACGUUUGCAUUGUACAACAAAUAUGGAAGACCUUUCUGAGGCAGAUAUUGUUAUUGAAGCUAUUGUGGAAUCUGAAGAUGUGAAGAAGAAGUUAUUUCAGGACCUAGAUAAAAUUACAAAACGUUCUGCUAUUUUGGCUUCUAAUACAAGUUCCAUCUCUAUUACUCGUCUAGCAUCAGCAACUACAAGGCCAUGCCAGGUAAUUGGGAUGCAUUUUAUGAAUCCUCCUCCUAUAAUGAAGCUAGUUGAGAUUGUAAGAGGUGCUGACACAUCAGAUGAGACGUUUAAUGUAACAAAAGCCUUGGCAGAGAGGUUUGGCAAGAAAGUGAUAUGCUCUCAGGAUUACUCAGGCUUCAUUGUGAACAGGAUUCUAAUGCCAAUGAUCAAUGAAGCGUUUUCUACACUGUAUACAGGUGUAGCAACUAAGGAGGACAUCGAUACAGGAAUGAAGCUAGGAACAAAUCAUCCAAUGGGUCCUUUGGAGCUUGCAGAUUUCAUUGGAUUGGACGUCUGCUUAUCAAUCAUGAGAGUUCUUCAUGCUGGUCUGGGAGACAGUAAAUAUGCCCCAUGUCCUCUUCUGGUCCAGUAUGUUGAUGCUGGUCGCCUUGGAAGGAAACGCGGUAUUGGGGUUUACAACUAUGCUAAAGCCACUGAACUGGCAAAACCAUCACCAUCAUCUAAACUUUGAAAAUCAGUCAUACCCUAUAUUUUGCUUUACAUUUUCAUCAGAAUUCAGAAAUACGGGGGGAUGUAUGUAUGUUCUGUUUAUCUGUCUUGAAUAAGAUUGGACUUGUUUUGAUCAAGAAUUAGAAAUAACGUUUAGGCCAGUGACUCCAGCUACAUAAUACUUUCACCCCCUUUGUGGCUAAUAUAUAUCUGGUAAAUUUCUCCAGUUGUGGCA